GGAGGAGAGGAGGGAGGAAGAGUUGCUGCUGAAAGGAGGUGGCGAAGGAGGAGUCUGAGCAGCUGCUACUAGCCCCGCGGACACCUCCGGAGUCCUGCCCGCUGCCGCACGAGUGGCCACGGGCGCGAUCCGGGCCAAACGUCUUGUCCUCCAUGAUCACUUUGGGAGCCGGGGGAAGACUUUGCCCGGCUUUGAGAGCUGGUGUGCGCUAUCCAGGUUUGGCGGAGACGGUGCUGCGGGAGCAGAAGGAGCUGCAGCUCGAGCAGCAGCAGCAGCCGCCGCCGCCGCAGAGUCCGGAUCACAGCGGUUACAGUCCGGGGCGUGUGCGUCCCGCGCCCAGCGGGUUCGGUUCCCCACGGAAUGUCCCCGGGGCGCCCCACGCGCUGACCCUGCAGCUGCCUCCGCCUUGGGCGCCCGCCGCCUCCCUCAGGCAGGCUCGGUGAUUGGGACCGCGAGCUCCCAGCUCCUGGGCAGUGGGGAAGCCCCCGGGGGCGGGUGACCUCAGCUGGCCACGACCCAGCCCUCCCCGGUGCGGAUCUCGCUUAAGAUGGCAGCGGAGUCAGGGGAACUAAUCGGGGCUUGCGAGUUCAUGAAAGAUCGAUUAUAUUUUGCUACUUUAAGGAAUAGACCAAAAAGCACAAUAAAUAUCCACUAUUUCUCCAUCGACGAGGAGCUGGUCUAUGAAAAUUUCUAUGCAGAUUUUGGACCUCUGAACUUGGCAAUGGUGUACAGAUACUGCUGUAAGCUAAACAAGAAACUAAAAUCAUACAGUUUAUCAAGAAAGAAAAUAGUGCACUACACCUCUUUCGACCAGCGGAAAAGAGCAAACGCAGCAUUCUUGAUAGGUGCUUAUGCCGUCAUCUACUUAAAGAAGACACCAGAAGAAGCGUACAGAGCUCUCCUGUCUGGCUCAAACCCUCCUUAUCUUCCAUUCAGGGAUGCGUCCUUUGGAAAUUGCACUUACAACCUCACCGUCCUUGACUGUUUACAAGGAAUCAGAAAGGGAUUACAGCAUGGAUUUUUUGACUUUGAGACAUUUGAUGCGGAUGAAUAUGAACACUAUGAGCGAGUUGAAAAUGGGGACUUCAACUGGAUCGUUCCAGGAAAAUUUUUAGCAUUUAGUGGACCACAUCCUAAAAGCAAAAUUGAAAAUGGUUACCCUCUCCACGCUCCUGAAGCCUACUUUCCGUAUUUCAAAAAGAACAACGUGACAACAAUCGUGAGAUUGAAUAAAAAGAUUUAUGAGGCGAAGCGCUUCACAGACGCUGGCUUCGAGCACUACGACCUGUUCUUCAUAGAUGGCAGCACCCCCAGCGACAACAUCGUGCGAAGAUUCCUGAACAUCUGUGAGAACACGGAGGGGGCCAUUGCGGUCCACUGCAAAGCUGGUCUGGGGAGAACUGGGACUUUGAUAGCCUGUUACGUCAUGAAACACUACAGGUUCACACACGCUGAAAUCAUCGCUUGGAUCAGAAUUUGUCGACCAGGCUCCAUCAUUGGACCCCAGCAGCAUUUCCUGGAAGAGAAACAAGCAUCAUUGUGGGUCCAAGGAGACAUUUUUCGAUCCAAACUGAAAAAUAGACCGUCCAGUGAAGGAAGUAUUACUAAAAUUAUUUCUAGCUUGGAUGAUAUGUCUAUUGCUGGGAACUUAUCUAAAUUACAAAGCACAGAAAGGAUUGGAGAGAAUAAUUUUGAAGACGAAGAUAUGGAAAUUAAAAACAACGUAACGCAGGGAGACAAACUACGUGCCUUAAAAAGCCAGAGGCAGCCCCGCUCCUCGCCAUCCUGUGCAUUUAGGUCAGAUGAUAUGAAAGGACACCAAAGGGCAGUGGCCCAGACUUUCAGAUUAAGUUCUUCACCACAACCAACAGUGCCGACUGUGAAGACCCCCAAAGUGUGUUUGUCCCCUUCAGUGACAGCCAAAAGGAUAAGCAGAGGUUCUCUGUCUUCAGGAGCAAACAUAAGAAGCUUCUCCAUAAAUUCCCGGCUAGCCAGUUCCCUGGGGAACUUGAAUUCUGGGACAGAAGAAACUGAGAACAAAAAGACCACAUCACCCAUCAAGGCUGCUUUCAUAGCCAGCCCGUUCACCAGCUUCUUGAAUGGCAGCACCCAGACACCUGGCAGAAACUACCCUGAGCUCAACAACAAUCAGUACACCAGAAGCAGCAACAGCAGCAGCGGCGGCAGUCUUGGGGGCAACCUGAACAGCUCUCCAAGCGCCAAGCCCGAGGAGCAUAACACCAUCCUUAGACCUUCCUUCUCGGGGGCGCUCUCUUCCUCCUCAGUGAGAUUCCUGAGCCGUUCUAUACCUUCCCUUCAGUCUGAAUAUGUUCAUUACUAAGGCCUUGCCACUCCGGUGAAGACAGUUCCAGUCUUAGACAUCUGGAUGUGCAAUGUGGAAGAAACCAGCUGCUUGUCCGGAGGAUGUCUCUACCUUUUUACCUUAAAUUAGAGAGAGUGUUAACAUAGUACUGUGGAGAGACUAGAGGCCAGAGCACUGGCUACGACUACUAUACAUGCACUGGAAUGAUCUUUAUGGAGCUGUCCAUACUUGUAAAGACAGUUUUAAUGUUAAAUUGGUAUUUUAAAAGGUUAUUUUUAAUGUAUUUCAGUAAUGCAUUUGUUACUGCAUUUACAUGUACAGUGUUACAUUAUAUAUGUAUCAUGAACUUUAUAAAAGACUAUUUUGAUAAUUUUAUAAAUAUAUAAAAUUAUGUAAAAGCUACACUAUAUUUUGAUUUAGAUUUUCCUGCUGUUUGCUACCAAAAAAAUUUGUAUUUUAAAUUUGUUUAGCUUUAGUAUGGUUUUGUCUACAAUGAGUAUAGAAUUCUUCCUUAUUAAAUGAAAACGAGGGAGCGAAUUUCUAGAUGUGAUUUUAAUGCUCCCCUGUGAACUCAGUCGAUCAGGCCAUUCUCUGCUGAAGCCUGUCUGAACUAAAGUUCAUCCAAAUUUAUCUUUACCAAGAGUGGGGGUUGUUUGAUAGUUUAUUUAGGAAAAAACUAUGCCCCUUUGUUUUUGUUCUGCAGCCUUUCAAGUAGGAGGCUUAAAAAAAACUUGACAAUUUUUCAAGAUCAGAAUUAAUGGGCGUUUCUCCUGAAAGCAUGAUUUUUCCUUUCUGUGAAAUGACAGAACAUUCCAAUGCUUUUAUUUUUUUUCCUUCUUUCAUGCGUGCUUUAAAAAAAGAACAUGCCUUAAAUCAUUUAUUUUGCUUAUACCUUCUUGUAAAUAUGCAAAGGAAGGAUACGAAUUUUAAGACCCAUGUCUACGGUUCGAAAGAACACACUCAGUAAAUGUACAAUAAUGUUGUUAAAAGACCAAAAAGCACUUGAAAGGGGUUGAUAACUCAGAACAUUCUGUUCUUGGUACGCGGUGGUCUUUGCCCUGUGAGCAUGCAUGGUCUGAUGUCAGUUUUAAAGCAAUGAAGGAAUAAACCGAAGAAAUCGCUGCUAAGUAGAUCCGUGCACUAAAGGGGACAUUUGAAUGGACGCACCCUCCUGACCCCCGUACAGACCGGAUGUACACACACGGGUCUGUCUGGAACCGGAUGUGAAACUGAAAGGACCCCGCCCACCUCCCAGGGUACCGCCCAGCCCUUUCAGGUGUGAUUCUGUAUUUAAGUUUCCAGAAGCCUCUCGGCUUCUUGUCUAAUUUGAGAUGGAGAUUCUUAAAUACUGAUUCUCUUCCAGGCUGCUUGAGAAUGGGCAAGGGCUAGUUAAAUGGAUUCAUGCAAAGUGCUUUAUUCCAACUAUUGAGUUAUUUAUCUGUAUUUAUUAGGAGGGGGUAGGUUCAGACUAUUGUGUAUGCUUCAGGAAGACACCUUGCUUAUGUUUUUACCCUUCUCAGAUGACAUUGGAACGGAGUUUGACUCAGGUUUGCUAACAUAAGUUCCCAGAGCUGCAGUACCAAAUAAUUGCACUCGCCUGACGGAAAGUUGAAUUGUUUUAAGAAUCGAAAACAUAAAGAGGAGUUAAAUUGUUUAUCUUUUCCAAAGUUGAAAGAGUAAAAUAUUUUAUUAUGAGUCAUUAUUUUAAAAAGUUGGCUCACUGUAUAGGAAGAGAGUGUUAUUUCUUUCAGAUUAUCAUUGUAAAGUAAUUGAGGUGGCAUUUGAGAUGUGGGGGGGGAAGAGAACCAUAUUAUUAUGGUUUUUAGUUGUUCUAUGAACACUAAGGAGUGCAGCUACUAAAAUGAUGGUAAAGCUGACUACUGUAAAAUUUCCAUAAUUAUGUGUGUAUAUAGAUGCCGUAUGUAUCUACAUGUGUAUGUCUUAAGCUUAUUAUACACAUGUGCAUACAUAAGGCACACCAAGAAGGGGAUGUUUGUAUUAUAGAGAUUAUAUAGCGCAGAGAUUCUCCACUUAUAAUAAAAAUGGUUUGCCAUGUAUUUUGUUAUGAAUAGUUUAUCUUCCAGAAGAUAUUUUGUUCUAUUUUGAAGUGUAGAAGAAUACACUGCUAAUAAAUAAAAGUUUUAUGCGAUUUA